GGCAAGGUGGACUUUGGUGGUUGGGUUCAUCAAGACUGAGCACCGUCCUUGCCAAUGAGGCCCAUAGAACAGGCCGGGGGAGUAGGAGGCCAGGUCUGACAUGAGAUGGAUCAUCCAUCAUGAGUCUUUCUUUCCAGGGUUCUUCUUGAUCCAGAGCAUCUGGGCACAGGAGGGUGGUCACGACAAGCAAGCUCACACCAAACGUUGUAAGAUUAUGGAGGUCAAAGCCCACAGAGAGAUGGAAUCAGAGAGAAAACAGUCAAUGAAAAGCAGAGGCAGAAACACAGGUCUGACCAAGAAACCCUCUCUCACAGCCCAGCGGGGGCCCGUGGUCAGGUCAGGAGAGAACGUGACCUUGCUCUGCAGCUCGGAGCGCGUCUUUGACCAGUUCCAUCUGCUCGGGGAGGGGGAGAACCUUGGGCGCCCGCUCGCUGGAGGGCGGGGCCCCCGUGGAGCACUCCAGGCUGAGUUCCUCUGGGUCCUGGGACCCCAGCCCACAGCGGGGCCCACAGGUGCUACGGCUCCUUCGCUCGCUCUCCCUACGCGUGGUCAGACCCCAGCGACCCCCUGCUCCUGUGUGUCACAGGAAACUCUUCAAGUAGUCAGCCGCUACACACAAAGCCAAACUCCAACAGUGCUGAGGUCUCCUCCAAGAGAGGAGGAUGAGAAUAAAUCUGACCACCCCUACCAGGAAUAA